CUUGUACUCGCCCAACUCAAUUACUCACAGGCCUCUCUCAACCACCUCGGCCUCGUCCUGUCGGGUACUUCCCCAGGCCUUCCUAGUCUUUCUCUUAUCACACCGAUUGGCUUUCCAGACAGCCACAGUCGCACUGAUCUUUCUCCCACCCCAGUCUUCUCGGCCUCUCAUGUAUGCAUCGCCAAUUGACUUCUUCCUACAGAGUAGUCCGGAGACGGUGGUGGCGGUCGGUAUUUCCUGCAUUGCAGAUCUCCGUCAACUCCAGGUUAAGCCACCCAUGAAUCCUCAAACCCUACGAGAACGCUGAAUCUCCGUGCUUGUGAUUUCCUCAUCCUUUUUCGAGCUCAUUUUGCCAUUGUACGUUCAUCACGCACGACGUGUGACAUGUCCAUGCCUCCAUAUUCCUGUCUAUAUGGAAAUGCAGAGCGCUUGAGCUUCGUCCUGGCUUAAGGACCAACGAAAUUCCCACUUUGCGAUCCUGAGCGUGACGUCGCCAUUCUUGUAUGACCAGCCUUUGCGAUUGCGACGACCGUCAGCUUAAUCAGCCAUAAGAGACAUGUCGGCCGCCCAAGACCAGUCUCAGCCUCAGUCGCAGCCGGUGAAGGCAUCAGGUCAACCAGAACUCAGUGCACCGCGAAAGAGGAGGAAGCGUGCUCCCGCUGCUGGAGCACCCGAUGACUGCUUUACCUGCGCUACCCGCAACGUCAAAUGCGAUCGCGUGAGACCAUAUUGCUCCAAGUGCUUGGACGAUGGGAAAGAUUGUGCUGGAUACAAGACUCAAUUGACCUGGGGCAACGGCGUCGCAAGCCGCGGCAAGUUGCGCGGCCUGUCGCUACCAGUUGCUGGUACUCAAAAAGCUGCGCCUGCUCCGGCAUCGCCCACUAAAUCAAGGAGGAGAGCCUCUCAACAACGACCGCAGAAACCUCAAUUUCGUGCUGAUGCAGGCCAGACUGUCUCUUCACCUCCAGGGACUGGUGCAACGCUGUUGGCCCGCGGCUCUAUCUCUAUAACCAAAGACAAUGCUGAGUCCAAUUUCCAACGACAUACGUCGUCAUUCCCUAUACCUGUUCCAGACACAACAACAUCCUGGGCGACAGCAGCGGCGACAACGAGCGCGCCGGCUUCUACGUCUAUCAAGAUAGAGAACGUAGACCCGUCGCAUCCCUCAGAUGCUUCCGUGCCUCGGACAUCCCCUCUUCUUACAGGACAUCAAUUCUCAGCCGGAUUCUCGUCAGAUAUUGGGUACGGUGGAAGUCUUUCGCCACGCUCAUAUCCAGAUACUUCUCCUGAGCCUAGCUACUUUGGACGGGUUUUGAGCCACGAGACCUUAGGACCGCGAGCACGUGCUUACCCACUCUCACCUCAGAUUCACUCACCUUACCGCAGUGUCUUCUCUGAUCACGACCAAUUCCCAGCUUUUUCAACCCAAGAGACACCCUAUGAUGCCAACGAUGGCUAUUCCCGAUUAUGUUCUCAACAGAAAACUUCGAUAAUAGUAGACCUCGAUCAGCAUCUUGCCGAUGAAGAAGUGGAGGAUGUCAAACACGCUUACAAUGAUGGAUUUGUCGCUGUCGACGAGGACGUACUCGUCACGUUUCCGCGUCUGCCGUCUAACUACAACCUGUCCAUAUCGCCCUAUGCUGGAAUGGGUGCCAUUGGAGCUACCCCGCGCAUCCAGUACUUGAUUAACUACUAUACAGAAGUCAUUUCACCUGUUAUAGUGGCUUUCGACGGCCCUUCCAAUCCUUACAGGACACACAUUCUGCGGCUAGCAGCGAGGAGUGACACACUUCAGCAUGCCAUCGCCGCUCUCUCCGCUAGCAAUUUGAGGCAACGACGGGAGACUGGUGCUCUGUCAACUGGCAAGACUGACCCUGCGAGGCGAUCAUCCAUUGCUCAUUUGACCCUGACCCAUGAGUCGUGGCAAGAGUCCAAUGGCUUAUCCCCGCAAGAUCAGGCUAGAGAAGAGGCGCUGCAUAAAGGGAUGGCCAUUCAAUCUCUGAACAGACAGCUUGCAGAUCCUGUCUUACGCAAGGACGACUCUAUUCUUGCUACGCUCCUGAUUUUAUGCCUUUUCCAUAUAUGCGAUUCGGGAGUAGCCAAGUUUCAGACCCAAUUCGCAGGGGUGAAGAAACUAUUGGGCAUGCGUCAACAUGGUCUUGGUGUUGAUACCAAAGAGGCCAAGUGGUUCACGCGGAUGUUUACGUGGUUCGAUGCGAUGACUGCUACCGUCAAUGAUCGCGAGGGACAACUCCAAGGUCAUCAUCUAGACGUAUCGGCUCUGUCUGAUGAAGAUUGGGCUUUGGAAAAUCUGGCUGGCUGUGACGGACAACUUUUCAAGACCAUUGCCAAAUUAGGUCGCCUCAACGUUCUAAGCCAGGGCAAGUCUGUCGAAGAAACGCCAACACUUGUGUCGAGACCUGUACCCCGGAUGUCUUUUGGAACAAACCUCGACUAUAGCAAUUUCGACGGCAAUGGGUGGAUGAGAAUCAUGGAAGACGAGAAUCUCUUUUCUUCCAAGACCGCUGAUCCAGACGUCAAGACACAAUUCUGGCGCGAGUGGAGAGAAAUCCGCCAGACUCUGCAGACCUGGCAGCUAGAUACCACGAUGUUUGACUGUUCUAGCCCAGAGGCACCACUACUUACACACGAGCAACGAGUCGACCUCGCCAAUAUCUCCGAGUCAUUCCGUUAUUCUGCACUUCUUUAUACGGAGAGACUUGCAAACCCGACCGUGCCUAGUACGGAUCAGUCCAUUAGGUUCUGGGUACAGAAAUGCCUGAUGUACAUCAAAGCUGUCAAGUCGGACGUUUAUCUACUCUGGCCGCUUUUCAUUACGGGAAGCGAAUGCGUUGACGAGGUUGACCGUGAAGUUAUCCGGGAACGGUGUUUGGACAUCCAGAAGGAUAGUGGAUUUCUCAACAACAAGAGCUGUUUGGAGCUGCUGGAAAAGGUUUGGCAUCGCUAUGAUGAAAAAGAACGCAGAUCAUCCCCUGGACAUGAGAUGAGACAAGUUAGCAAGGAACAUGAUGGAAGGGAAACAGGAUUCCGGUUCACGACGAUAAUGAGAAUGGAAGAAAACGAAGGAGAGUAUAUUGUUGUUUAGUUCAUAGGCGACGAAGGACCAGAAUGUGUAGUGGAAAUUGGUCGCGGAGGCCUUUUGGAUCUCGCAUUUCUCAUGUAUACGCGAGCAAACUUUCCUGAUGCACGGAAAGAAAAAUGCUGACCA